UUCUGGUUUGAACACCAUUAAUGAAAAAAGUGAACCACAUCCCCGGCGAGGAAUGAGAUGGUUUUGUUCAAAGUGACAGGAGUCAAGAUUCAGGAAGUUCCUGAAAAUCGCAACCUGCAGGUAUCUUCUCGACUAAAAAGAAAGGUUUCAGACAAGACAAACAGAGGUGUUUUACAGAAGCUAGUUUGAGCUUUUUGGUCGUAAUUUCAUAUAUGCAGUUUGGAAAAAGGUCUUUUUGUGUGAGAAUCUUUCCUCAAAUCCGCUUAAGCUCGUAAUCAACGUGCGUUUUUUCGCCCGUAUUUUUCAAAGACGGAGUUGACGAGAGAAUCUUAGGCAAAACAACUAGAAGAAAAGGAGGGUGCUCAGAGCUUACAUUUCUGUCUCUUUCUUCUGCAUAGCGGAUUUCGCAGUCGUGUGGAGUAAAAAAAAUGGCAAUGGCCGUCGUGCCGCAUAGGGAGAGUAGCAGUAGUAGCUUUAAUAAGCAUCUCGAUAACGGAAAAUAUGUACGUUACACCGCCGAGCAGGUCGAAGCUCUAGAACGAGUCUACUCGGAGUGCCCCAAGCCGAGUUCGAUGCGACGACAGCAGCUGAUCCGCGAGUGCCCCAUCUUGUCCAACAUCGAACCCAAGCAGAUCAAAGUCUGGUUUCAGAAUCGCAGAUGUCGAGAGAAGCAGAGAAAAGAGGCUUCUCGACUCCAAACUGUGAACAGGAAGUUAACUGCCAUGAACAAGCUAUUGAUGGAGGAGAACGAUCGUCUUCAGAAGCAGGUAUCGCAGCUAGUGUACGAAAAUGGGUACAUGCGGCAGCAAUUGCAAAACGCAUCUGCAGCAACUACCGAUGGAAGCUGUGAAUCUGUAGUUACCACACCUCAGCAUCCGCUUAGAGAUGCAAAUAAUCCCGCUGGACUCCUCUCCAUUGCAGAGGAGACAUUGGCAGAGUUCCUUUCAAAGGCUACAGGAACUGCUGUUGAUUGGGUCCAGAUGCCUGGGAUGAAGCCUGGUCCGGAUUCGGUUGGGAUUGUCGCCAUUUCACACAGUUGCAGUGGAGUGGCAGCACGAGCCUGCGGUCUAGUGAGUUUAGAACCCACAAAGAUUGCAGAAAUCCUUAAAGAUCGUCCAUCUUGGUUUCGAGAUUGUCGGAGCCUCGAAGCCUUUACCGUGUUUCCAGCUGGAAAUGGAGGGACAAUUGAACUGUUAUACAUGCAGAUGUAUGCUCCAACUACACUGGCUCCUGCACGGGAUUUCUGGACUUUGAGAUACACUACAAAUUUAGAAGAUGGCAGUCUUGUGGUCUGUGAGAGAUCAUUGUCUGGUUCUGGUGCUGGUCCGAAUACAUCAGUCACUUCCCAAUUUGUGAGAGCUGAGAUGUUACCCAGUGGUUAUUUGAUUAGGCCAUGUGAUGGGGGAGGCUCAAUCAUACACAUUGUUGACCAUCUAGAUCUUGAGGCAUGGAGUGUGCCAGAGGUUCUGCGACCUCUAUACGAGUCAUCGAAAGUUGUGGCUCAGAAAAUGACAAUUGCAGCGCUGCGUCACAUCAGGCAGAUAGCACAGGAGACCAGUGGUGAGGUAGUAUAUGGAUUGGGCAGGCAGCCAGCUGUUCUUCGGACUUUUAGCCAGAGAUUGAGCAGAGGGUUCAAUGAUGCCAUCAAUGGAUUUAAUGAUGACGGUUGGUCAUUGAUGAACUGUGAUGGUGCCGAAGAUGUAGUCAUUGCUGUUAAUUCAACCAAGACUGUGGGCACCGUUACCAAUCCUGCCAAUACUCUUCCCUUGCCUGGAGGCAUCCUUUGUGUGAAGGCAUCCAUGCUACUCCAAAAUGUUCCUCCUGCAUUGCUGACCCGGUUUCUGAGGGAGCACCGUUCUGAGUGGGCUGAUUUCAACAUUGAUGCCUACUCUGCUGUGUCAUUGAAAGCUGGCUCAUACGCUUUCCGGGGAUUGAGAUCUACAAGGUUUUCUGGGAGCCAGGUCAUCAUGCCUCUUGGUCAAACAGUGGAACAUGAAGAGAUGCUUGAAGUAAUUCGACUUGAAGGUCAUGCACUUGCUCAAGAAGAGGCUGUUCUAUCCAGGGAUAUUCAUCUCUUACAGAUUUGUAGCGGAGUGGAUGAGAAUGCAGUGGGAACCUGCUCUGAACUUGUUUUUGCUCCAAUUGAUGAAAUGUUUCCUGAUGAUGCUCCACUGCUACCCUCAGGGUUUCGGAUUAUACCGUUGGAUUCAAAAACAAGCGAGACACAAGAUGCAUUGGGUGCACAUCGGACAUUGGAUCUGGCUUCCAGUCUUGAAGUAGGCCCUGCCAUGAACAGGACAUCUGGAGAUGCAUCUCCAAGUACUUGUAAUGGACGGUCGGUGCUGACAAUUGCUUUCCAAUUCCCUUUUGAGAACCAUCUCCAGGAUAAUGUUGCGACGAUGGCAAGACACUAUGUCCGCAGUGUGAUUUCCUCGGUUCAAAGGGUUGCAAUGGCCAUUUCUCCCUCAGGACUUGGCCCACAUGUGGGGCCAAAGUUAUCUCCAGGAUCUCCGGAAGCUCUUACACUUUCUCAGUGGAUCUGCCAGAGCUAUAGUUACCAUCUGGGAGCAGAAUUGCUAAGGUCUGAUUGCCAGAGUGGUGACUCAGUGUUGAAACAACUCUGGCACCAUCCAGAUGCCAUAUUAUGCUGCUCAUUGAAGUCUCUACCAGUUUUCUCCUUUGCCAACCAAGCAGGGCUCGACAUGCUGGAAACCACGCUGGUUGCUCUACAGGAUAUCACACUGGAUAAGAUAUUUGAUGAAUCGGGUCGAAAGGCAUUGUGUUCAGACUUUUCUAAGAUGAUGCAACAGGGUUUUGCUUACCUACCUCCUGGAAUCUGCAUUUCAACCAUGGGGCGCCACAUUUCCUAUGAACAAGCCAUUGCUUGGAAAGUCUUUGGGGAAGAGAACAACGUUCACUGCCUUGCCUUUUCUUUUGUCAACUGGUCUUUUGUGUAAAACAUUAUUUAUUGAUCCAAACUACACACAGGGGGGAGAGAAAUUUUGUACUAUUUAUUUCAUGUUUAAUUUUAGUA